AGUUACAACUGUGUACAGCACUCACACAUGGAGCCUGAAGACGCUCUCUACAUAUGAGCUUUACUGUUUUUACUCCUAAUUCUGAAGCCAUGAGUCUGGGAGACGAGCUGUGCUGUAAAGCGCAUCGCAUGGAAGUGGAUGAAGACUUUUACUCGUUUGAGCUGAGCACCGAUGAAGAUCUGCCGGUGUAUAAGGAGAGUGAGGAGCUGUUCGUGGCUCUUCGGCAGAAGGAGGAUGAGGUUCUCCUGGCCGCACAGGUGGGGAACGCGCUGCUCUUGGAGAACAGACGACUGAAAGAAGAACGACAGAAACUUCAUGACAAAUACACACAUCAGCUGGAGGAGCUGCAGCAGGGCAGGUAUGAGCUGCGGGUGAAACUGGACGGCUGCCAGGCGCAGUGGCAGAGUCAGGUGGGCGAGCUGGAGCGAGAUGUGCAGGAGCUGCAGAUGCAGGUGGAGAGACUGACACAGACCCUGAGUGAGACGGAGAGAGAGAAAACCAGACUAAACCAUGAACACAAUGAACAGAGCCAGAGACUCCGAGAACAACUCCACAGGGCUAUGGAAGUGGAACAAACCAUGACCAACAAGCUGCAGAGACUCAAACAGGAAAUGAGAGAAAGGGGACAUGCCAGACCUCAGGACGAAGAAAUCAUCAGUGCUCUUAGAGAACAGGUAGCGAGACUCACGCAGCGUGAACAAACACAAGAGCAGCGCUUGAAGACCAUGUGCCAAGAGAAUGAGGAACUAAGAGAGAGUGUGUCUUCACUACAAACACGCCUGAAUCAACAGGAGCAACAGAGUCAAACACACAUACAACAGCUGGCAGAGACGUGUCGUGAGGUGGAGGUGGUUCGUUCUCGGGCUCAGGAGCUGCAGUGUCAGGUCGAGGAGCUCCAGGAGGAAGUUGCCCUCCAGGAGAAAAGUCACAAUGACUCGUCAUUACUGUCAGAACUUGAGCACAGUCUAGAGCCCACAGUCUGGAGUCUGGACAGAGAACAGGUCUCCCAGGAAGUGCACUACAUCCUGGAAAUACUGCGACCCGUGACCUGCAACUCAGAGGCUGAGCACAACUCGCAUGACAGCCUGCAGGGCAUGCUGACACAAUUGAAGCAUACAGCACAAAGAAUCGUACACUGUGACACACUACAGGAAAUGAGAAAGUCCAUUGUGGGAGCGGUGAACGAUCCUUGUGAGAACACUAAACGGCUACAGGAGCUUCUGGAUCAGAAUAAGUGUCUUAUAGUGGAGAACACGGAGCUCAAGCAGCGUGCGGAGAGAAUACUGGAUAAAGAAGUUGUUCAACAGGCCAUCAAGGACCGUGAUGAUGCCAUUGCUAAGAAAACAGCGAUGGAGACAGAGCUGAUGAGAACUAAACAUGAUAUGAUGUGUUUAAACAACCAGCUGCUGGAGGCCAUUCAGCGCAAACUAGAACUUUCACAAGAACUGGAGGCCUGGCAGGAUGACAUCCAGAUUAUCAUUAAUCAACAGUUGAGGAGUCAACAGCAGACAGAACAACUGCAUCAGAAGAGAUCAACUGGUCGCCUUUCUUUCCUGCGUAAAUCCAGACGACCGUCCUGUUCCCCCUCCAUCAAAUCAGAGAUCGGUCCAGAGCAGAAUCAGUCACCCUGGAGAGACUGGCUCAAACUCAGCAAAUAAACCUGCUGCUCAGCCUUCAGUGCUGGCACUCAGAACUUACCGGACAGAUGGGGACUGGAGAAGCACAACCUGAGACUGUAUCAGACUCUCGUGGAUUAUGAUCAGCAGAGAAUUGCCAAAGACACUGGCCAAGUAAUAAAAAAAAGUUUUGGAAUGGUUGCACAAGUCUUGGAGAAAAAACAAAAGACCUGCUUAUUUAAGAACAAUGUGUUGGCGAAUCUAACGAAAAACAUUUCCAGGUCAUAUUUCACCCCAAAAUCAUAGGAAAAUAAUAAUAAUAUUUUGCAUGAAGAAAAUGAAGCUUAUUUUCCCAUUUUUUUAUUUGAUUUAUUUUGCAUUGUGAUAUUGUUUCAUGACAAUUUAACACAUUUUCCCUCAAAUUCUCAUUACUGUGAUGCAUCUGGACCCUUUUGAGUUUUUUGUACUUCUCAUUCUUAUGAGAUUCUGAUUACUGUAAUACAGUUUUUUUUUUUUUUUUUUUUGUAUUACAGUGAAAAGAAUAUAAAAAUGUAAUGAUACAUCAUUGUUUUAUUGCAUGACAGUAAGGAGAAUUUGUGUUUUUUUUUUUUUUUUUAUCAAAAAAUAAAAUUGUAAUAUCUUUUUGGUAAAAAAAGAAAGAAAUACAAUUUUGCAUGAAGUACUGAAGCCUAUUUUUAGGACAAUUCAGAUUUUUUGCAUUGUGAAAUUUUUUAUGAAAUUAAGCAUGAUUGCCCAUACUGUAAUGAACUGGAUUUUUUUUUUUCUUUUUUUUUUUCUGUAUUCUAAAUUGUGAUUCUUAUUAUAUUAGUAUUGCUGUUAUACAGUAAUGUUUUGUAUUACUGUGAAAAAGAAUAUAUAUAUAUAUAUAUUGUAUUACGUAAGGAGACAUAUUUUUAUUUUAUUUUUUUAUAUAUAUUGUAAGAGGAACGUGUGUUAUUUUCAUGAAAACAAAAAAUAAUAAUAGUCCUAAAAAUAGGCUUUAUUUAAUAUAUAUAUAUAUAUAUAUAUUACAUUUCACCCCAAAAUCAAAGAGAAAAAAGAAAUUCAAUUUUGCAUGAAGUACUGAAGUCUAUUUUUAGGACUGUUAAAAAAAUGUUUUUUCAUUGUGACAUUUUUUUCAUCAAUUAAGCAUUAUUUGCCUAACUGUGAUGCAUCCAGACAAUUUACUUGGAUGUUUUUGGUAUUUGUCAUUAUUUUCAACUGUGAUUCUUAUUAGAUUCUAAUUACUGUAUCACAGUAAUGUUUUUGUAUUAAAGUAAAAAAAUAAAAUGGUCACACUUUAUAUUAGGUGGCCUUAACUACUAUGUACUAACAUUAAAUACAUACAGACUAUGUAUUUACUGUGUAACUACAUGUUGUUCUGUAAAAUGCCCACAUUUGCUGCUACUGAGGUUGAGGUACUGGUAGGUUUAGGAGUUAGGUGAGGGUUAGAGUUAGGUUUUGGGGUAAGGGUUGGGUUUGGGUUAGGGGUAAAGUUAACAGUGUAACUGCAAAUGUAAUUAAAUUCAAGUACUUUAAAUGUAAUUACAAUGCAACAACAUGUAUGUACAUAAUAAAUACAUUGUAUCAAAUGGUUAAGUACAUAGUAGUUAAGACCACCUAAUAUAAAGUGGGACCAAAAAAUGUAACAGUGAAAAAACAAAUAAUAAUAAUAUUGUUUUGUUUUGGGGGUUUUUGUAUAAUGGGAAGGACAAUGAGAUUUUUUGGUGCAUUACAGUAAUGAGAAUUUUGGGGUUCUAAAAAUCAUAAUGGUCAUAAAAACAGGCUUCAUUUUGUUUCAGCAAAAUAUAAUUAAUUUCUUUUGAUUUCAGAGUGAAAUUAGACUCAAACAUGUUUUUGAUGUAUGAGAAUCACCAUACUGUAUGUUGUGACCGUUUCUACCAAUCAACCGUCUUAUAACUUUCCAGAAACAUUGUUUAUUUAAAUGGUACUUGUUUGAUAUUGUCUAAUCCCAAAUGUAAGGGAUGAGCAAAUCAAUGCACAAUGACAUCAUGCUGGUCAUGAUCAUGUUUAUGGUAAAGACAUUGUAUAAAAUAACAUUACAGAGAAAGAUGCAAUAUUUUAGUUCUAAAAUUGAAACGAUGUGAUUUGCAAGCAUGGCAAUAGAGUAUAACAGAUACUCAAGAAGGUGGGGCUUAAAAACUGACAUUCUUGACAACUCACUGAUAUUAAGGAUUUAUAAUGCUCAAACUGCUCACACUGUCAUGGAUUCAUUUCUGCCAAGGGGUGUAACUGAUCUGCACAAUGUGUUAUUACAAUAAUUAUAUUUGUAAUAACAUGCCAUUUUGUAAUUAGUAUGUUGUACUUUUUGUAGGUUAUACAAAUAUUUUCAAUUGGAAUAGAUUUUUAUGUUUUAUGUAAUGUUUGCAUAUUUAUUGAGAAAUGUAUUUGCAAAUCAAGCAUCAGUAAAAUAAA